AUGGCAACCGCUUCAUCCUCGGCAGACCAUGUCGAUGUGGCAAGAAAUCAGGGCGAGGGCGGCGCACGCGAGCACAACCGCCAAGAUGCAAACACGGACGUCAGCAACUUGCCUGGCAAUGUUGAAUCACUAAUACAUUUGGAUGGGACAGCCCGUCAGAUUGAAAUUCAGAUACGUGGCCAUCCCGAACAUUGGUCCAACAGGACUUUCGUCUUCAUCAUGGUGGCUCAAAAUCUGGGAAGUUUUGCUGCUUGCUCGGGAUGGGUGGCCUUUGCAAACAGCCGAAAUCAUGUCAAUACGGAACUGCGACUACCGGAAAAUGACCAUCAAUUGUCCACCAUGUGGUUGUUGGGCAGUUCCAUUGGGUUCCUGCUAGUCGGUCGACUUUCGGAUUUAUUUGGACGCAGGUGGUUCAUUGUCUGCGCCUCCUUUCUCGGGGCCAUCGGCAGCAUCCUUGGCUGGUUUGGCAGCAGUAUCGGGGUUCAUAUCGCAGCCAAUAUUUGCAAUGGUAUUGCAGCAGCUGCCCAAAUCUCAUUCGCCUUCGUGGUCGGAGAGCUCGUCCCGGUCGAAGUCAGGGCGCUCUACUUCCCUGCCACACUCCUGGCUCCCUGUGUCGCCGCUUUUGUCCUCCCUGCCGUUACACCAACCGCUUCGCUCGAUAACACUACAGCAUGGCGUCGGAACUACUGCUUAGGAACCAUCUGUGCAUUCUUCUCUGCAUGGAUAUACCUUUGGUGUUACUUCCCACCGUCGUACAGACAGCUCAACGUCGCCGGAGGGUCCAUGCUCCAGAUGGUCAAAAGCGUGGACAUCAUCGGCAUCUUUUUCUUCAUUUUCGGCUGCGUUUUAACGCUGUUUGGACUCUCUUGUAUAGGACCUGCUUACCAAUGGGGAAGAUACGAGGUGGUUGGUAUGCUACUCGGAGGCGGUACAUCUUUUUUGGCAUUCUUCAUCCACGAAGUGUUCUUUUGCAGGACGCAGGCCCUGCUGCCUCCAAAGCUGUUCAGAAAUCGCCACUACGUUGCCCUUGUCAACAAUGCUGUCUUCGCUUCGAUGACGUAUUCGGUUGUCUAUGUCCUCUGGCCAACCAUCGUAGGGAAAGUCUUUGACGAGAACCCGGAUGCCAUCUCGAACGCCAUUGCUUGGCAAGCGGCCAUUCUGGGCGGCUCGCUCUGGUACGGCAUGGCUCUCGCAGGCACCUUUCUAAGUUUGUUUCACCUAGCUAAAUCAAUAUGCCUUAUUUCGGCAUCUGUGGCCAUGAUUGUGCUGGGCUGCUUGGGCGGCAUGCAAUUGGAUGAACUGAUCCAAAUCACAGUAUUGGUAGCCUUGUUGUGCGUAGCCAUUGGUUUCAUCGAGAAUGUUGCGAUUACAGGCGUGACAUAUGUCUGGGACGCACAGGACAUCGGGCUGGCUUUCGGCGUUCUUGGUUGCCUGUGUAGCUUGAGCUGUGCUUUCGCCCAGGUCGGGUUCGCUUCCAUCUUGGACUAG